UCCUCCUGGGCUCGCACUGAUGUGGACCUCGGUUUGGUGCUGAAAGUGGGAUGUUGCUUGCUUCAUAAGCGGAGGAAAGAGGGACGCUCACCCUGCGAGGUUCUUUUCCCAGCGAUGCUUCUGGAGGUGUUUUGGCGCGCUGUGCUCCUGGCUGCGUGGACGCGCCCGGGGUUCGGGCAGUUGGGAGGCGGGGAGCGGGGCAUGUCUGUGCCGGAGCACGGCUUCUGUCAGCCCAUCUCCAUCCCGCUGUGCACGGACAUCGCUUACAACCAGACCAUCAUGCCCAACCUGCUGGGCCACAGCAACCAGGAGGACGCGGGUCUGGAGGUGCACCAGUUCUACCCGCUGGUGAAGGUCCAGUGCUCCCCGGACCUCAAGUUCUUCCUGUGCUCCAUGUACGCGCCAGUGUGCACGGUGCUGGAGCAGGCGCUGCCCCCGUGCAGGUCCCUGUGCGAGCGGGCGCGCCAGGGCUGCGAGGCGCUCAUGAACAAGUUCGGCUUCCAGUGGCCCGACAGCUUGGCCUGCGAGUCCUUCCCGGUGCACGGCGCGGGGGAGCUGUGUGUCGGCCAGAACAUGUCGGACCGAACCGAGAGCGAUCACCGCGGUGCGCACCACACGGACCGCGCGCCUCCCGAGCCCCGCGGCGGGUACUUCCGGUGCCCGGCCUCGCUCGGGAUGCCUCCCUACCUGAACUACCGCUUCCUGGGGCAGGAGAACUGCGCGGCUCCGUGCGAGCCCAAGCGACCUCACGGGAUGAUGUACUUCACCGAGGAGGAGCGGAGAUUCGCCCGGAUUUGGAUCCUCAUCUGGUCGGCGCUGUGCUGCGCCUCCACUUUAUUCACGGUUUUGACCUAUUUAGUGGACAUGAAGCGGUUCAGCUACCCCGAGCGGCCCAUCGUCUUCCUGUCCGGCUGCUACACCAUGGUGUCCGUGGCUUACAUCGCAGGAUUUUUCCUCGGGGACAGAGUUGUGUGCAACGACAGGUUCGACAAUGACUUCCGAACUGUGGUGCAGGGCACCAAGAAGGAGGGCUGCACCAUGCUCUUCAUGAUGCUCUACUUCUUCAGCAUGGCCAGCUCCAUCUGGUGGGUCAUCCUGGCGCUCACCUGGUUCCUGGCCGCGGGCAUGAAGUGGGGCCACGAGGCCAUCGAGGCCAACUCGCAGUACUUCCACCUGGUGGCGUGGGCAGUGCCCGCUGUCAAGACCAUCACCGUCCUAGCCGUGGGACAAGUGGACGGCGACGUGCUCAGUGGCGUUUGCUUCGUGGGCAUCAGCGACGUGGACGCUCUCCGGGGCUUUGUUCUGGCCCCGCUGUUCGUCUACCUCUUCGUCGGCACCUCCUUCCUCCUGGCGGGAUUUGUGUCCCUGUUCCGCAUCCGGACCAUCAUGAAGCACGACGGCACCAAGACGGAGAAGCUGGAGAAGCUGAUGGUGCGCAUCGGGGUCUUCAGCGUGCUGUACACCGUGCCCGCCACCAUCGUCAUUGCCUGCUACUUCUACGAGCAGGCCUUCCGGGAGCAGUGGGAGAAGAGCUGGAUCAGCCGGACGUGCAAGGCGUACGCCGCCCCUUGCCCGGCCCAGAAUCAGCCCAGCCUCAGCCCGGACUUUACCGUCUUCAUGAUCAAGUAUCUCAUGACUCUUAUUGUGGGGAUCACGUCUGGGUUCUGGAUCUGGUCUGGAAAGACCUUCAAUUCAUGGCGGCGCUUUUACACGCGAGUGACCAACAGUAAACAUGGUGAGACCACGGUGUGAGGCCCAACUCUGAGGCCUCUUUUCACCGGACAUAUGUUUUCUACGUCUAUAUUUGUAUUUAAAGAUGUUUACAUCUGGGAGAGUUUUUUCUAGUGGUUCAGAUGAUCCGGACGAGCCCCGGGGUCUCCUAACCUGACUUGCUGUGGACACCACUGCCAGGGUUCCUCAUCCAGCUGGUGUUUCUUUGAUCACCCGGUGUGUGAGCUGCCUCCAUCCUAAGCAGAGUCCCAUGAAAGCCAUGUGCUUCCCUCUUAUGCUCAUUAGGCAGCUGAACGUGUGUCUGCUGAGCAGCCUCUGUGUGUGUGUGUGGGUUCUUGUAUUUCUAUCUUUGCGAGAACCUGUAUGAGUUUUUAAUCAACAGAGUGAGGACAUUUGGCACGUCCUCUCUUUGUCAAGCUACAGUUUGAGAGUUGAAACUACAAAAUAGCGGGGUUAUCACUGGGUUUUAGUUUGGUUCAGAGUAAAGUUUAGCCAUUUGUUUUAGAUGGUUAGCUUCAGGGGGAGAGGCUGGGGAAAGGGUUAUGUCAAUGACGGUCCUCACUAAGAUAGGAAGACAAACGUGUGUGUGCGUGUGCUCUCGAGAGAGUGGGAACUCAGGUCAUGGGGGUGUGUGUGUCGCUGACAGAUGGCUGCUCUGCACCUCAGGCCCCUCACUUUAAACAUUCCUUUUCAAAUAAAGCACAAGUGAAAGGAACGCAGUGGUGUUGUGGUGCUCAUCUGUGUGUGUGUGUGGUGCUGAGACGGACCUCUGCUGGAGUCAUGCUGCCUGUUACCAACCCUAAAGAAAAACUUCUGGUGCUCAUGAAUUUAUUUUCCUUGUUUCCCUUCAUGGCUGCAGAGAAGGGCAGUUUAUUGUUUAAUUUCAUUUUCAGUCAAUAACUGAGUUCUAAACUGGAAAAGAACUUUUAAUGAUUGUUAUUUCUUAUUCGUGCUUUCAAAAUGCAUAAUAUUAUAUUGAAUGGUAAAUUAUGAGAAGAUGGUGGUUUUAUUUUUUUUUGUUAUUAUUUUAUCAUUUUAGUUUUAUUUAUCUAGUUGUCUAUCAAUUCCAUCUGUGGUAGUCAGGCAGCUCAACAUGGAGUUUCAAGAGCUUGGGGUCAUGAGUUGAACUGUUUUAAAUUUCACCCCUGCUUUA